AAAUUGUCGUGAUACAAGUUCAAUACACUUUUAUGAUUAUCAAAAUUAUAUUGAUGGUGUUAGAAAUAUAACACAUACUGCUUUAAAAAAUGUUGUCAUAUGAUUUAUAUAGUUCGUAUAAGUUUUAAUCAUUAUUUUAUUUUAUUUGGAUGUGUGAUCAUGUAAUGAUCUAUUGUUCGGUUAGAUAUCAAUCAUUUUUCCUUGCCAUUAUUGUAAUCAUAUUUAGCUGACUUUUAAGAAUACUUUUGACAAUCCUGUCCUUUAUUUUCCAACAGUUUAAAUUGAGAAAUCUCAUCAGAGAAUAAACUAACAAACAGAGUUUCUCUCUGUAUCACAUUGUCUAUCUCUAUUCUUCCUCCUAAUGGAUUCUUCAAGAACCCUAAUAGUAACCAGACGAUCUGAUCCGGUGAAGAAAAACAUUUCAUCCCGGAGAUCUUUAUCUUCUUCCCCAUCCUUCUCCUCUUGCUCCUCUAGCUCCCUUGUGUUUCCAGGCGACUCUCCUUUAAAUUCUCCGAUCACUCCUCUUCAUCUCCUUGGUGUUCCAUUCUCAUGGGAACAGCUUCCUGGAAAACCCAAAGACUACUCUCAUAGACUCAAUAACCACCGCGGAAAUAGAGAAUCUUCACUUAUACUACCUCUCCCUCCUCACCGGAGUACCACCUUUCCGGUCACCGGUAAAAACCAUAAAUCUAAUAACUCAACUAAGAAGAAUAGGUUCCCGGUGACGGAGAAAGAUCCCUUUGCGGCGGCGUUGUUAGAAUGUUCCAAAGGUGACGACUACGAUGGAAACUCGAGUGGAUCAAGAAAGGUGUUGGCAAAGGGCAGCUUCAGCAACAGGUUUGGGUUAGUGAAUCUCUACGGUUCUUGUCGAAGAUCUUGUUCAGUUACAGAGUCCAUUGUUCAGCUACCGGGACCGGAAAAAGCUGCUUCAUAUGAUCAUCUGCUUCUUCCACGCCGUCGCCGUUGAUUUGUCGUCUUUAGCCAUUUACUAUAUAGUAUACAUAUAUUUUUCUCUUGGUCGUUGUAAUACUUUCUGUAUAAUUUUCUCUGAAUGAGACAUAUUAUGGGUUUGUGUU